CAUAGGACAGGUAAACAAUGUGUAUACUAAUUGAUGUAUGUUUUUGGUGUUGCGUUAAGGAUACUGACGACUACGACAACAACGUCAGUAGUGGUGGUGGUGGUGGUGGACAGGGAUUACUCGAUAGGGCCGGCCGUAUGACACAUACAGAACUGGGCCAACCGGUUAACGAUAAACUGGUAACUAGUUUACUGAGUAUAGAGGAACAGGACCGGGAAAAACUGGACUGGCCCAGUGAUUGGCGAUUGCCGUACAGUCGACCAUUCAAUGAGGUAUCAGUGAUUACCGAUCGGGUAUUGUUGUCGAGUGUCGGUGCCAUUAAUAGGGACAAUGUUAGGCGGUACAGGACAGUGACCAACAAAAUAUUGGCCAAUAUUUCGAUGCUAUAAGCAAUAGGAUAAGCGCUAUCAGUGGCCGAUACCCGACAAAGACAAUACU